AUGACAACUUGUUUUGGCUUACCCCCCAUUGAGCCUGAAACCCGCCGUCCACCGCCGCACACCCCCUCGUCGGGGGUAGUGCGUCGCCUCCACACGCCUCCGUCAACUUCUCUCCUGAAGCAACACUCGUGGUCGCCGGAUCUUAUUCGCGAGGAAGCUUGGUCAAAGCGCCGCGAUGUAUCCCGCCGCCGUCGCCGCGGAAAGAGCUUGACGGACGACGAUCUCGACGAGCUCAAGGCCAGUUUCGAACUCGGAUUCGGAUUCGGAUCUCCCGAAAUCGCCGAUCGGAGACUGUCCAACACGCUUCCCGCGUUAGAACUCUACUACGCCGUUCAGAGAAGCUACAACGAUGCCGUUUCAAACAAAUCGUCGUCUUCGCUCUCCGACGGCGAUACAAGCCCCCACACCGUAUACCAAACCAGUGAUGAUCCGCAGACGGUGAAGACGAAGCUGAAGCAGUGGGCGAGAGUGGUGGCGUGCACCGUGAAUCAAUCGCCUCCGAGAUGA